UGCUACUUUAGUUCACUUUGAAGUCUCUUACCGUUUUUUUCCGCGUUCAAAGAAAAUCGUUUUUCCGUGGAAAAUUUGUGAGAAAACUCAAUUUUGUGCACCACAAACAAUGGAUGAGAUAAGGGGGAAUGUGAGGCGUCUAUUGGAACUCAGCUAUAGCUUCAAUAGGGAGCAUGAUGAGGAAAUAAAGCGAAUUGAGGAGGAGGCUACAGAGAGAUUCCUGAAGAAUCUUCCCUUCGUGGCGCAAACAAAGAAGAAGAAAACUUGCCAGGAUGAUUCGCAAAAAGAAAAUGAAUCCGUGAAUAAGAGAGUUCAAGCUGUGAACGAUCAAGCAUCCCUUGAGAGCUCUGGUGCUCCUCUACGUCCGGUGCGAACGGCUAAAUUGAAUGCCAGUAAGAAUCUCAAGGAGCCCGAUUUGGCCAAGAAGAUGCGUCAACCCUCAUCACAGGAUCCACUCCUGAAUGCAAUUAAGGAGGAACCCAUGGAUAUUGUCCAAGUGAAGCGUGAAGCAAGCACUGGGAAGAAGGUGAAGCAGGAGAAAAUCUCACUAAUGCCACCCCCACCACCACCAACUGAGGCACCAGCACCGAGAACUAGCAAGGAUUCCGAGGACAAUUCUGUGGAACUCAUGGCACCAGUUGGGGAAAUUGUUGAAAUUCUUUCGGACAAUGAGGCAGAGAAGAUGCCUCCACCGGCUCUUCCUGCGCCAAAGGCACGCAAAGCCCGGACAAAGAAGAAGAAGGCCUCCAAGGGAAAUGUCUCCGUAGAGCGUCCCAUUCGUGAGUCUCGCAUUAAAAAGGAAGCCCCCACUAAGAGUAGUGAUCUUCUUACUGUAAAUACUAGCUCUGGCAGUAGGCAAAAUUCCCGAAAAGCAUCAGCUGAGUCACACUACGAAGAUGCCCUGACUGAUGUAGAAGUCCCUUCGGUGCCAUCGGAUGCAACACAAGUCAUUGAAAGACAUGAAAAUGUGGAAAAGUCAUCAACUGCACUGAAUGCUACAUUUGAUAUUGCUGAAGGUGGGCAGAAGGAAGCAGCUGGUGCUACUGCUGCUCACAAUAACAGCAUCAUGACGGAGGAUAAUUCAAUUGAGCUCCCACCGGAAGCUUCUCCAGAGCCGCUGCCACAGAAAUCAGCCACAAAGAAGAAGCAUCCGCAUGAGUUAUUCAAUCCGUGUGUUCAGAGUCCUCUUAGAACUAAAGUGGAGGCAUUUGAGCGUCAUGCAGCCGCUUCGGCCCUUCCAAUUGCCACGGGACCUGCAUCCGGGUUGCGUGGCAAGGGGACACAGGGGCGCACGAUGCAGGGAACUCCAAUUAGUGCCAAGGGAUCGGGCGCAGUGCUGCAGAAAUGUGCUUCAACAUCCAAACUUGCUGACUUCUCGGCCAUUGUUGCGGGUGCGAAGAAGAAGUCCAAAGCUGGCACAUCAUCCGCAUCGAAGGCUACAACACGAUCAGCAAGUGCUGAAGACACCAAGAGGGGUUUGAAUGCACUUCAGCAGUUGGCCGAAGAGAAGCGCCGGAAGCGCGAGGAGAGGCACAAGCAGGCCCAAUUGGCGCGUGAGGCAAAGGAACGCGAGAAGGAAGAGAAGUACAAGCGUCUAAUGCUGGAGCAGCAGGAACGGGAGGAGAAGCAGCGUGCGGAACGCAUAAAAGCUCUCAAGGCGAAGACUGCGCAGGAAAAGGAACAAGCGCGCAAAAUGGAGGAACUGCAGAAGCUGAAAAUGCUGAAAUAUCGCGUGGCUGAGACUCCAAAGUAUGGCUUUGAGAUGCUCGCCAGUGAUGAUUCAACUGAUGAUGAGGAUAAGGCCGCCCCAAAGCGUCCUCCACCGCCACUCUGGAGCAUGAAGCCACGGAGAAAUCAAUUGAAUGCCAUUCAAGAGCAAAUUCCAGCAUUGCUAAUUGAUAAACUCUUCAUGUGUAAGCCAUUGAAUCCGGAUCUUAAGGAGAUCUUCCCGGAUAUUGAUCCGAGGAAUCUUCAUAGAAACUCUUCGGUCUUGUGGAAGACACCACCAAGGGCUUCGCAAGAUUUCCUUUGAGCAUCUGUAAUGAAGAGAUUUUCGCCCAGUUUAAUGUCUUUACAAAUCUUAACAUUUUUUUUUAUGGAAUUCAAAAUUUAAUUUAAUUUGUUCUUUUUUUAAUUCUGAAAAAAAUUUUGUAUAAAAAAGCAUCAAAAACUUCAAAGCAUUUUCAUUGAAUAUAUUCCAAUUCUAUUAUAUUGAUUAUACUGAAUUGAAUUAUUACUUCAUCAAUAUCAAUUAAAUAAAAAUUCUGAAUUGCUGAAAA